AUUGACACGGGUGCGCGCGGGGGAGUUACUUUAGGAAUGUCAGUGGGAAUGUGGAGUUUGUCGUCACGCUCCGUUCGGACACCGUGAAAACUGCUGUGAAGAGAUUAAUGACAUAAAGAGAACGGUGUCCAUAGUGUGUGUGUGUGUGUGUGUGUGAGUGUGUGUGUGUGUGUGAGUGUGUGUGUGAGAGAGUGUGAUCACUCAGGGAAGGGAAGAUAAACAAUGGACGCCGUGGAUGGAGUGUUUUACUCCAGCAGGCAGGCAGCGGUCAGUAAUCCCCUGCUGGACCAGCUGCCCAGUUACCAGUCUCUGCUGUACAGGAGGAAGUCCUCAGGCAGCAGUAAGAGGCGCAGUUCCGCACGGGGCCACUACAGCUCAACAAGCAGCUCCUCAGAAGUUGGGGCAAGUGGAGAGGGCAGGACCAAAGGAGGGGGUGGGCUUCAGGACAGGAAAUGGGCGUACGGGAGGGGGGACAGAAUCAUUCGUGGAGCCACCGAACAUAGACCUGCUCGAGAACUUCCAUGGACCAUGGAGGAGAAGCGCAAACACAGGGAGGUGCAGCAGGACAGAGAGCUGGGUGUGUGUUCUCCGUGGAGAAUCAGCACUCGUCACUAUCUGAAGAGGAUGAAGGAGGACAGCAUGGUGUUAAUGAACACACUGCAGCUCUGGAGGAGUGAUAUACACCUUAUAGAGGGUAUGUUCGGUACAGGGAUCCUGUCAUACUUCUCAUUCCUGCGCUUCUUGGUCCUCCUGAACUUUGUGAUGUUCCUGCUGAUGUUCACUUUUGUCAUGUUACCCAUCAUUGUGUCCAAGCACACCUUGUCCAUCAACUCCACUCUGACGAUGGGGGGAGGUGUGACAGGAAGUGAGUGCAGUGUUUACUCCCACUCCUCUUCUCAGAAGGGACUGGUCAUGUUCCACCAGCACAUCAUCGACCUGCUGUCUGGCACCGGCUUCCUGGAACACACCUACCUGUUUUAUGGUUACUACAAUGUGGAGACUGUCAACGUCUCAAACUUCAGCUAUAACCUGCCAUUAGCCUACGUGCUCUGCACCAUCACCUACCUGCUGCUCAGUCUAAUCUGGAUUGUUAAGAGGUCAGCUGCAGGCUUCAGGAGGAAGCUGAUUCAGGACGAAGAUCGUUUCCAGAGUUUUUGUAAUAAGAUCUUUGCUGGCUGGGAUUUCUGUAUAACUAAUGAGAAUGCAGCACGUUUAAAACACAGCAGCCUGCUGUAUGAACUCAAGACAGAUCUGGAGGAAGAGCGGAUCAGACAGAAGAUGGCCGAACGUUCCCAGAAAGAAAAAUGUCGUAUAUACUCCAUCCGAGUCGCCCUCAACCUUUUUGUGAUGGCUGUGCUUGCCUGCUGCUUCUACUGCAUCUACACUGCCACCAUCUUCUCCCAGCAGGCUCAGGCUCAGAAUAUGCGGUAUAGCUUCAUAGUUGAGUUGAUAUUUGAGUAUCUGCCCUCCAUUGUCAUCACAUUGGCCAACUUCAUCACUCCCAUCAUCUUCAGCAUCAUCAUCAGCUUUGAGGAUUAUUCUCCUGCCUUUGAGAUCCGCUUCACACUUCUCAGGUGUGUGUUUAUGCGUUUGGCCAGUAUCGGGGUCCUGUUGUUCUCUUUGUGGUCUCAGAUCACCUGCUUAUCAACAGGGGACACGCCGUGUCCCUGUGGAUACAACCAUACACUUUACCCUUGCUGGGAGACCCAUGUAGGGCAGGAGAUGUACAAGCUGAUGAUCUUUGAUUUCCUCAUCAUCGGGGCAGUCACUGUCUUUGUUGAGUUCCCCAGAAAGAUCCUUGUGAAUCACUGUGACUGGGCUUUGGUAAAGUGGUUGGGUCAGCAGGAGUUCUCCAUCCCCCAGAACGUCCUGGAGAUUGUGUAUGGACAGACCAUCUGCUGGAUCGGCACAUUCUACUGCCCCCUGAUGCCUGCCAUCAGUACCAUCAAGUACUUCAUUGUGUUCUACAUCAAGAAGGUGACUCUGGUGAAUAACUGUCGUCCUGCGUCUCGUCCGUUCCGUGCAAGCAGCUCUAACUUCUUCUUCCUGGCUAUGCUGCUGAUCGGUCUGGCACUUGCUACACUUCCUGUUACAGUCAGCAUUGCACAGAUUCGUAGCUCAGGGGCAUGUGGAGCGUUUAUGAACUACAGCACGUCGUGGGAGGCCGUACCCCGCUCAGUGUCUCAGUUACCCUCAGGACUGCAGUCUGUCUUCAAUACACUCGCUUCAGAGGCCUGUGCUGUUUCCUUCUUCGUCAUCACCUGUCUGGCAAUGUUCUAUGUGAUUGCGUUAGCUGGAGCUCAUAAACGUAUCAUCAAUCAACUGAGAGAUCAACUGGCCAUGGAGGGAAGAGAUAAGCGGUUUCUGAUGCAGAAAUUGUGUCAAGCGCAGUCUAAUCCUCGUUGCCGUGGGAACCAGAAGCCCAGCAGCUCCAGCGUGUACAUGAUUGCCCCGCCCACUGAGACACAAACAUAACAUAACUCUUCUCUUAUUAACAUAAUGAGCUGACAGUCCAGAAGAAGCUGUCUGAUUGUUUCAGGUCAUCAUGAGCUUGUACCCACUCUUAGUGCUAAACAAGCUGUUAAACUCAAUGUCUAAUUGGUGGAAUCAUUACUAAACUCUUUUCUGAUUGGACCAGUCCAUGACCAUUCCUGCUAUAAUUUACUGUAAGAACUCAGUCAGUAUUGGUUAAACUGUUACAUGCUACAUUUUCAUUUCAUUGUUUUGUGUGUCAGGAACAUGCCUACAAUUACGAUGUGAGUGAGUGAGUGAGUGUGUGUGUGAGUGA